UUUUGAAUUUGAUUACGAUAUGAUUAUGUGUUCAUUUUGGCUGUUUCAUAAUUCAUGAAUAAAAUUUAGUAAAAAAUAAUAUUGGCCAAAUUAAAUUCAUGAUUAGAAUUGAUCUUUGAGUUAAUUUAAGUGCGUAAGAAAAUAAAAGAGAAGAAUUUUGUCAGUAAAUUUAGAGAAUCGUUGCCACUUGUCUAUGCAUCUUCUUCUCACUUUCUCAGUGAGUCAUUGUAACUAACACACAAAAAUCACGUACCACUUCUAGAAACGUACGUAUAUUGGUCGACGUACUACUAUAGUAUAUGCUUCGAUUAACUAGAAUACAGACAUUUAAUAUGUGUUUAGUUUCAAGAAAAAAACAAAAAAAUCAAAGUGGGUAAGGAACAAAAAAAGAAGAAGAUGAUUUCAUUAAGUGUGAACAGAUUAGAUUACAUGCCACUUGUCCAUAAAUAGAAACAUUUAUAAACAUUGACAAAUGGCAUGUCGUAAUCUCUUUUAACUUAAUGAAGAAAACCUUUUUUUUGCCCAGUUUAACUAAUCUUGUAUUUAAUUAAUCACUCAAACUUUCUUCAUGUAACACCAUCCCAAAAGUAUAUAGAAUCAAAAAAUAUUAAUCACUCUAAUAUUUUUUGUUGGCCGACUUAAUUAUUAGUCUAUGAUUAAGUUAGCAAUCUAUAUUUUUGUUAGUUUACUAACAUGUACAAUUUAUAUGUCGCGUUAUUCAUAGAAUAAUUGAUUAACGUACGAAUUAAGAAAGCAGUUCUGUAGUUUUUGAACUUGGUGCAUAUAUAACUUUUCAAUAUCUCAAUUUAUAUGUUGUAAAUAAAUAUAUAUAUAUAUAUAUACACAUAUAUAAUCAAUAGUUAGGACGUUAUGAGUUGAAAUUUCAGUAUUUUAAAUUGUAUUGAAUUAAUAUUUUAAAGAAGAAUAAAAUGAUCGUUUAUUUUAAAAUAAAUUAUAUUUUUGAUUUGCUAACUAUACGUCUUUUGUGUUUUAAUGAAAAAAUGCAUGGACAAGUGGAAACCAUUCUCUAAAUCUAAUGAGUGAAUCUUUCUCUCCUUUUCUCUGCACUUUAAAAAUUAUAGUUAAAUGAAUUUACCAUUAGUUGUUAAUAUUGCUUGACUAGUUUUCAUACAAAAAUCAUGAACUACCAUUAUAGGGUUUUAUUUGUGUGAAAAAUCUACCCAUUAUAGUUGUAAGAUAAAAUUCAUAAUACAUAUACAAUGUACGCCCUUAAACAGGAAAAAAUGAAAGGUGGAAGAGCAGGAUCACAACAUAUUAAUUAAAGUUCAAAAAGACAAAAGAAAAAAACAUACUGUAUUAGAAUCACAUCAUAUAAUAUGUUUGAUUAAUAUAUCAAUCUACGUACAUUGUUAUAUAUCUUGAUAACUGGAUGUAUAAGUUUUACAAAAUUGGAAUUUAUGUUAUAAUGCUUUAUAUGAUGUGAUUAUAAUAUGUUUUUAGAUCUUCUUGUCUUUUUGAACUUUAAUUAAUAUGUUGUGAUCCUCCUCUACCACCUUUCAUGUUAUCCUGUUUAAGGGCGUACGUUUUUUUUUCCUUUUCUUUUUAGGGGGUACGUUACUAAUUGAGAAUCACAAGUAACGAUUUCGUAUGGAGUUUGAUAUUCUAGUGAAGCUAUGAGACAAAUUAGCUAUUUCAACCUAAGCCAAGUAAUCGAAGGUACAAUGAAUCCUUUUCUUGCAAAACAUGUAUUGCCUCACUCUUUUAGAAGGAAAAAAGCCUUUAAAUUUUCUUUUUCCCCUAAAAAAAGUGGUAGAAUCUAUGCGUAUGCACAAAUCACAUGUUGACCAGUAAGUAAUGAGAGAGUAAAUUGACUUUAACAAAAACGAGAGUUUAAUGUGGUAGAAGAGAGAGAGAGAAGAAGACGCCAUUGAAUUCUGGAAAAAAGGGAGAAACAGAACUUUUGCAACACAUGUUCACCAUGCACCUUCCACUCGUCUCUUUGCUCUUGGUUCCAAAUCUUUAACCUAACCUAUCUUGUUAAACUAUGGUUGAGUGUUUUUAUUAAUUUAGUGACCUUUAGAUUUCGUUACGUUACUAUCAUCUAUAAUCUUCUUAAGAUUGUGAAAAAUCUACUAUUCGAAAACCCUAGAUUCAUGAAUGUAGGUUAUACAAAUGUCACUUCCUUACCACAAAUAGUAAAACAAAAAAAAACAAAAAAAAAAUUGGUAAACCCAAAUCUCUGAUUGCCCAGCGUCCAUAUUAAGGGCUGCUUCGAUCUGCACAACACACAACACAACACAAACACAGACUCUCUCUCUCUUCUCUCUUCUCUCUAUCCUCUCUCUCUCUCUCUCUCUCUCUCUCUCUAUCUCUAUCACUGAAACCCAAAGUGAUCGACCAUUUGUUCCUUUUCCCUUCACACAGAGAACUGUUUCCUUCCACACUUCCUUUUUACUAGGCAGUGUUAACCAAUUGAGAGUGAAAAAUGAUGGCUAAUGAAAAUGUGGAAACCAAGGCCUCUCCUUUAAUGGCAAGUGUUGAUCAUCAUCAUAGGCUUGGAUCCGGUUCGGGUCAUGAUCAUCAUCAAGGGUUAUCGGCGUCUGUGCCUCUUCUUGGUGUUAACUCGAAGAAGAGAAGGAUGCCAAGACAGAGACGAUCUUCUUCUUCCUUUAAGCUUCUCUCUUUUCCUCCUCUUAUGCCUCUUUCCUCCCACGUGCCAACUCCUCUCCCCGCACGUAAGAUUGACCCGGGAAAGCUAAGAUUCCUCUUCCAAAAAGAACUCAAGAACAGUGACGUCAGCUCCCUCCGUCGUAUGAUACUCCCCAAGAAAGCUGCGGAGGCUCACUUGCCGGCGCUGGAAUGUAAGGAAGGGAUUCCUCUAAGGAUGAAAGAUUUGGACGGUCGUCACGUUUGGACCUUCAAGUACAGGUACUGGCCGAACAACAAUAGCAGAAUGUACGUGCUUGAAAACACAGGCGACUUUGUGAACGCUCAUGGUCUGCAGCUAGGUGACUUCAUCAUGGUUUACCAAAAUCUCGACUCAAACAAUUACGUUAUACAAGCAAGAAAGGCUUCUGAAGAAGAAGGAGAAGAAGACGUAACCAUGGUUGAAGAGGACGACGUUUACACAAACUUAACGAAGAUCGAAAACACCGUGGUUAAUGAUCUUCUCAUCCAAGACUUUAAUCACCAAAGCAGCAACAGCAACAACAACAAAUCUUCGUACUAUUACCCCGUCAUCGAUGAUAUCACCACAAACACAGCGUCUUUUGUCUACGACACGACGGCUUUGACCUCCAACGAUACUCCACUCGAUUAUUUGGGUGGCAGUACGACGACUACUAAUAAUUAUUACUCCGAUUUCGGAUCAUUCGAGGGUUUGGGCUCCGUUGAGAAUAUCUCUCUUGAUGACUUCUACUAGAGGGAUCAAUUGAUGGGGCUCAUGAUAAUUCUUAAUGGUGAUCAUAUAUUUUAUCUCCUUAUAUGUAUAAGGAUUAGAUGCAUUUUCAUAUCUUCAAAAGUGUUUAAAUAUUACAUUAUUAUAGUUUUUAUGAAUAUCAUAUAUAGCUAUAUAAUAUGGGAGUCAUGAAGGUGUGUAUUUGAUGAAUAAAUGUAAUUUUGUGUCGGUGCUUUAAUAUAUUAAUCCUUGCCCGACAGAAAAAAAAUUAUAUAUGAA